AUGGCGAAUCGACUUAAAACGUAAAUUCAAUUUAGUGAUGAUCAAUCUAAUUUGAAUUCACUUGAACCCAUCGAAACCAAAAGAUUUGAAGAUCAUUAUGAAUGUCUACAAACCAUAGGUAAGAUAGUAAAGUGAUAUUGUGUAUAGGAUAGGGUGCUCAUGCAAUAGUAAAGACAGCAAGGAAGAAAGGAACAGAGGAAAUAUAUGCAGUGAAAAUAGUACGUUCAGGAGAUUAAGAAAUAUAAAAUAAUGUUAAGAGGACCUUCAAUAAUACUAGAUGUCUAAGACAUCCUAAUAUUGCAUAGGAUAUGGAGUUAUAUAUAAAUGAAAAAAGUGAAACCUCCUAUUUAGUUAUGGAGUAUUGUAAUUUACCAAGUUUAGAGAGUGUCAUCAAGAAGCGUCCAUUGAAAAUAGAAGAGUUGAAAGUGAUUAUAAAAUAAUUGUUGUUUGCCAUCUAGCAUUCUCAUUCAAAAGGCAUAUGUCAUAGAGAUCUUAAACCUGAUAAUAUACUUGUUAAUAUAAAGGAGAAUAGUAAUCCACCUCAUGUAAAACUUGUAGAUUUUGGAGUUUCUCGUAGAUUUAUAUCUAAAGGAUAAGAAAUUGAUAUGCUUACUAAAACAGGUAAUAUAUUUUACUGUGCUCCUGAAAUAUAUCACAAAGCUAGUUAUUCAAAAGAAGUUGAUAUUUGGUCUAUAGGAAUUAUUUGUUAUUAAUGUACAUUUUAAAAAUUACCUUUACAUUCUAAUGAAUUAUCAGAUUUUGUUGAUUUAUUGGGCAACCCAGAAAAAUGGACAUUCAAAGAUUCUUUAUGUAAUAUUGAGAUGCCAUUAUCAAAUUUAAUUUUAUCAAUGUUAAAUCCAAACAAAGAAAAUAGAAUAACAGUUGAAGAAGCUAUUAGACAUCCUUUUUUUGAGAUUGGAACUAUUCGUGAUGUUAUGGCAUUAUUAAAUAAAGAUAAAAUUGAAUUAGAUAAUUGUGGAAGAUGUAGAUCAUUAUAAAAUAGUCUAAAAUUAAAUGAAUAAUGGGGAGAUGUUAUUAAAAAAUUAUAAAGUAGUUCUAAUGAAGAUGAAAAUAUAAAUAUGAAUGAUUUAGUUAGAGAUUUUGGGAAUAUACAUAUAAUAUAAAGACAUACUGAUAAAUGUGGUUUAAUUCAUUUAAUGAAUUCUGUUGGAAGUAGUAAUGCUUUUAUGAGUAAAUUAGGAUCUCGAUAAGAAAUACUUGAUAAAAGUUGUGGUCUAUAAUUUUGUGGAUCAUCAAGUAUAUAUAUAUAUAUAUUUAUUAUAUAGAUAAAACAAUUCAUUAAGAUCCAUUUGGAGAUGUAUGUAAUAUUCAAAGUAGUUUGGAAAUGAAAGAAGAACAAUAAAAUUCUAAUAAUAGAUUAUUUUAAUAAUUAGGAACAAAUUUAGAUUAUAGUUUAGAAGUUACUCCAAGUGAAUGGCAAUUGACAAAUUAAAAAUAGAAUAUUCAGUAAUAAUAAGGUACAAAAAAGAGAGGAUCAUAAGUUAAUAGAAUGUUUAAUGAAUUAGGAAUAAAAGAAGUGGAUGAAAUAACAGAAGAUUAAUUUUGA